UACAUUUUCCCCCAUUCCGAGUAGUCUCCGUCUUCUGCAAAUCAUUUCUUAAGAAAAGAAGAAAAAAAAAACUAAGUACAGAGACACAGAUCAAACCCUUGCACACACACAAACACUUCGGCAUUACUAGAAGAAGAGUGAGAUAUGGCCCGAUACGACAGAGCAAUUACGGUUUUCUCGCCGGACGGCCAUCUCUUCCAGGUCGAGUACGCUCUCGAAGCUGUACGCAAGGGUAACGCCGCCGUCGGUGUUCGUGGCACCGACACCAUCGUACUCGCCGUUGAGAAGAAGUCCGCUCCUAAGCUGCAGGAUUCUAGAUCAGUGAGGAAGAUUGUCAAUUUAGACGAUCACAUAGCAUUGGCUUGUGCUGGACUGAAGGCAGAUGCACGUGUCUUGAUAAACAAGGCACGGAUUGAAUGCCAGAGUCACAAGCUUACAAUCGAGGAUCCUGUAACUGUCGAAUACAUUACUCGCUACAUUGCUGGUCUUCAGCAGAAGUACACACAGAGUGGCGGUGUGAGGCCUUUUGGCCUUUCAACUUUGAUCAUUGGGUUUGAUCCACACACAGGAAUUCCAUCGCUUUACCAGACGGAUCCAUCGGGGACAUUUUCCGCAUGGAAAGCAAAUGCUACUGGGAGAAACUCAAACUCCAUAAGGGAGUUUCUCGAGAAGAAUUACAAGGAAACAUCCGGACAGGAAACCUUGAAGUUAGCCAUUCGUGCUUUGCUGGAGGUUGUGGAGAGCGGAGGAAAGAAUAUAGAAGUUGCUGUAAUGACUAAAGAACAUGGACUGCAUCAACUCGAAGAAGCUGAAAUUGAUGCCAUUGUUGCUGAGAUUGAAGCUGAGAAAGCUGCCGCUGAAGCUGCGAAGAAGGGCCCUUCUACCAAGGAAACUUAAGUCUGGGGUACUCUAUAAAUCCUUUACAUUAUCGCUUUUGUGACUUUGUAUUACAGAUUUUUUUAUCGCCUUUUUUUUUCCGUGGAUUUUGUCUGUGUUUUGAUCCAUAACUAAAAGAGAGACUAGAUGUUUUUUCUUCUCUAAAUGUAAAACUAUUUAUGCUAUGUCUUGCAAUUUUUAUUCGUUUCCACUCAC